AUGCAAAACGGCACGCCGAACGGCAGGGGACACAGCCGCGAUAUUUCGACUCCUGAACAUGACAGUGGCCUUCAGCGCAUAGCCAGACCUUCGACGCCCACCGAUACUCCCUCCCAGCAACCACAGUCAGACUCUCUCCCCGAAGAUACUAAGGAUAGCAGUAAUGGCAUCGCGAAACACGAACAGCUUAAUGAGCUUAAUGGACCGCCGUCAAAGCGGCGGAAGCUUGGAGGGACUUUGGGGAGGAGCACACCACGGCCGCCUUCUCCGCCAUGGAAACGCGCCGGAUUCGAUGGACCUACUUCCUUUAUGGAAGAUGGCAAGCGGCGGUCGACCAGGACGAACAUGAUACCUAUCGAGAUGCUGCCCGAGGGUGAUCCACGACGUACACAGUCUCCGGUGCAAAAGGGGCUGGUUAACAAGACAAUACAGGGCUGGAGUCAGGGGCGUGGUGGCUCUGCGUCACCCCUCGGGGGUGCCAGGCCGGAGAUAAAUGGUAGACGUGUGCUAGGGGGCAGCAAUUCCAAUAAUGGUGCGGAUCCAGCUUCUUCUCCGAAUGGUGCCUCUAGACGCGCUACUAUAUCUAAGGCGGCUUCAGGAUUUGCGAAAAGUGUUUCUCAGCCUCAACCUUUGUCCCAGAGGCGCGUCUCUGACAACCCACGAUCGUCCCACGCCGUCGACCCUAACUCUCCGUCAGAUCCUCCAGUGAAGCGUAAACCAGGAAGGCCUCGGCGAAGGCAGAGUGACGGUACAGCCAUUGUAAAGCAGGAAAAUGGAGGCCAUCAGGGCUGGAGUCGGUCCGAGGCGAGGGACGGGGACGAUGGAACAAACCAGAAGCUCCCAAGACUACGGUUUCGCGUCAAAAUACCUUCGUUGGAAAUCCAGCACCCUUCGCACGUCCUCCCUCCCAAACAAUAUUCAUCCUUCUAUGAAUGGCUAUACAAGACUACACCUGGUGAUGAAGAUAUCCAUUUCUCUACUCCACAGGAGGCCUUGCAGGAGGCUCGGACCAGGUUAAGACUACAGGAGGCAGGAGAGCCAAACCAAGUUCUUAGUAAAGAACGCUGUUCAUUCUACCUGACAGACCCCGAAGAGAUCGCCCCCCGUCAAUAUUCACAUCAAGACCACUUUGUGGCCCACGCGUUAUAUUUCAAAAAACUUCUUGAUAAGGAGCGUAAGCACCAUAGAAACCUUGCCAGGUUAUUUGCGCACUGGUGUGCAGAUGCAUGGAAAAAGAGAAACAAGGCUCCCGAAGAUAUUCUCAAAGAACAACACAAUGAAUUACGCCAGAAACGCCGGCAGCUAAUCAAGGACCUGCAACGGCAGUUUGAUCUAGUCCGUGCGGAAGUUGACAAAGCUAGGUUAGCUAUUUGGGAACAAGAGCGUAAGAUGGAAGAACAGCUAGCUUUGAACAAUGCUCUGAAGAAAUCCACGGCGCUAUUUGAGAGAAGAAGAUCAGAUCGAAUUGGAACAGGCGAACUGGAAGAUGAUGAUGAGGAUGACGAGGGAGAUGAGACAGAUGAAGGAGGGGAAACCACAUCUAGUGAUACUGGGGACUCAGUGGAUGACAGUAACAUGUCAUCCUCGGGCUCUGAGACCGAAAGCGAUGAGGGCCUGGAUGGCAACGACGAUGAACAACUAAGCCCAGAAGCACUUCGUGCAAAGUAUGCAAAUCUUGCAGCUAUGGACGUUUCCAUAGUCUCCGGUGAAUCUAGCGGUGAGAGUGAAGAUGAAGACGAGGAGGAUGAGGAUGAGGAUGAGGAUGAGGACCAAGAUGAGGAUAGAGAGACAGUGCCUGGUGGGGAUGAUGAUGUUAAAGAACUGCUGAAAGAUAAAAUAUCACUAGCCGGGGAGGAAGAUCUAAAUUUCGUCAAGCUAGAGGAGGUCGAUCCUCUACUACUCGAUGAAUCUGAUGAGUCUACCGACAUGGAUGAUGAUAUGGGUGAUAGCGAUGAAGGGGACGAAGACCAAUAUGCUGAUGACGCUAAUGACAGUGAGGAAAGCGAUGAGAGUGAUGAUGGAGGAGGAGGUUUGCUAGGCUUUUUCUCCAAAGCCGAAACCACUAUCCCCAACGGCGAUAGGGCCUUUGAAGGCUCAAAUAAUACCACCCAAGAUGCCGAAAAUCCAGCUGUCAACGGUAUUCAUGAAGUUAAAGAAGACGCUGGAAUAAGUGACAAGCAGGCACAUCGUACGCCAAAAUGCCCGGAAACGAAAUCUGAUAACGAAGAUACCCCCAUGUUGGACGGUGAUUCAGGAGAGGCAACAUCUCUGGCACCAGACGCCAAUGACGAAACUGCAGAGAACCCGACAUUAACCGAAGUGACCUCCUUGGGGAACCAACAGAUCUCAACUUCUCGGGCUGGCAGUCCUAAAGCUACGAGUGUUGACGAAACGGCCUCAGCUGUCGAGAAGACUGGUAUCAAGACUCCUAUCCCCCAUCUUCUCCGAGGGAAAUUGCGUGAAUACCAGCACUUUGGCCUCGACUGGCUCGCUGGUCUAUACGCAAGCAAUAUAAACGGCAUUCUUGCAGAUGAGAUGGGCUUAGGAAAAACAAUCCAGACAAUAGCACUUCUAGCUCAUCUAGCCGUCGAGCACGAGGUCUGGGGUCCACAUCUCGUUAUAGUUCCAACCAGUGUCAUGCUAAACUGGGAGAUGGAGUUCAAAAAGUGGUGUCCAGGUUUUAAGAUACUUACUUAUUAUGGCACUCAGGAAGAACGAAGGCAGAAGCGAAAAGGUUGGAUGGACGACGACCGUUGGCAUGUAUGCAUCACUUCAUACCAACUUGUCCUGCAGGAUCAACAAAUCUUCAGACGACGAAACUGGCACUAUAUGGUGCUCGAUGAAGCCCACAAUAUCAAAAACUUCCGGUCCCAAAGAUGGCAAACAUUGCUUACUUUCAAGACUCAAGCAAGGCUUCUUCUUACAGGAACACCACUACAGAACAACCUGACAGAGCUAUGGUCGCUUUUGUUCUUCCUCAUGCCAUCGGAUGAAGACGGUAAUGGCAUCGAAGGGUUUGCGGAUCUCCGGAAUUUCUCAGAAUGGUUCCGUCGCCCUGUCGAGCAGAUCUUAGAGCACGGAAGAGAAACGAUGGACGAUGAGGCCAAAGCAGUUGUUUCGAAACUACAUACCAUUCUAAGGCCUUACAUACUUCGGCGUCUUAAGGUGGAUGUUGAGAAACAAAUGCCCGCCAAAUACGAGCAUGUUGUUGCCUGCCGUUUAUCAAAACGCCAGCGGUAUCUCUAUGAUGGGUUUAUGUCUCGAACCCAAACGAAGGAGACACUGGCUUCGGGGAAUUACCUCUCCAUCAUCAACUGUUUGAUGCAACUCCGUAAAGUCUGUAACCAUCCCGACUUGUUUGAGACACGGCCAAUUAGUACUUCGUUUGCCAUGCCCAGCUCUGUUGUGUCAGAUUUUGAAAUCAAAGACCUUCUUGUUCGCCGACGAUUGCUGAAAGAAAAUAUCCUAGAGAAGCUGGACCUGGACUUUCUGAAUCUUGCUCCGAUCUCUCGGGAACAGGGCUCGAAGAUAUUGGUUGAAGACUGUGCUCGGAUCAUGGCAUACAAUCCAUUGAAUUCUCUUCGACAACGACAGUAUAAUCGAACAAACUGGGAUAUGAACUUCGAUGGAUCCACUGUACGGUCAACCUUACGCUCAAUGGACAACAAUGCUCGGAAGUCCCGUAUGAGGGAAUUGGAAAGAUGUUUGUACUUCGAAUCCAAACGCCAUGGCCAGCGUCCAGUAUAUGGCCAGAGCCUUAUCGAUCAGCUUACCAUCAUCACUCCCCUCCAGCAAGAGACCAGGCAUCGGCCGCCGCGAAAGUUACUCCUCGACUGGCUUUCAAAUAAGUCUCUGGUACUUGCCUCGAUGAUACGAUCCGUGGAAUCAACAUCGCUAGUAAUGGAACCGUUGGUACGAAAGUUCGCAUGUCUCACGCCAGCUGCUGUUGCCCAAGGAGUUACAGCUGCUACGCUCACACCCAUCACAUCACGCUAUUUUACUCCUUCACAGCGAAUUCCUGCAUAUGACCCGUUCCAUGAAGCCCAGGUGCGACUAUCAAUUGCCUUUCCAGACAAGCGAUUACUGCAAUACGACUGUGGGAAACUUCAGCAGCUUGAUAAACUACUUCGGACACUGCAGGCUGGUGGUCACCGAGCUUUGAUUUUCACUCAGAUGACCAAAAUGUUGGAUAUUCUAGAGCAGUUCUUGAAUAUCCAUGGUCAUCGGUACCUCCGGCUAGACGGCUCUACAAAGAUUGAACAGCGGCAACUCUUAACGGAGAGGUUCAACAAUGAUACACGGAUCUUGGCUUUUAUUCUUUCAAGUCGGUCGGGCGGUCUAGGCAUCAAUUUAACGGGUGCAGACACUGUCAUAUUCUACGACUUGGAUUGGAACCCAGCGAUGGACAAACAAUGCCAGGACCGCUGCCACCGGAUUGGUCAGACCCGAGAUGUGCACAUCUACAGGUUUGUCUCCGAAUAUACGAUCGAGUCCAAUAUCCUACGUAAAGCAAACCAGAAAAGGAUGUUGGAUGACGUAGUGAUACAAGAAGGAGAGUUCACUACCGACUAUCUCAACAGACUCGACGUCAGCGGUAUACUAGGUGACGAGGGGCUGGGCGAAGGUCAUGACGAGGCUGGUGCAGCCAUGGACAGGGUCCUGGAUACCAAGGUUCACGGGACUUCUUCGCGUAUCUUCGAGCAAGCCGAGGAUAGAGAAGACAUUGAUGCCGCGAAGACGGCUGAAAAGGAACUUGAGCAAACUGUUGAUGACAGCAACUUCGAUAAUGUCAGCACUCCACAGACGCCAGCAGCAGCGCAAGGACAACAGCACCCUACCACCCAAAGCCUGCUAGGGACCCCUGCACCCACCGAAGCAGGCGAGUAUGAACGUUCUGUAUCACACGCAAACGGCAAUACUUAUCCGGUUUCCAUCUCCGUGACCCCCGAUGACCGCUGUCCUGUUGAAGGUGAUGAUUCUGAAUCCCACAUUGGCCAUAUCGAUGACUAUCUGCUUCGUUUUAUGGAGUGGAACCUCAGAGACGAGCCACUUGUGCUUCCGGCCGAUAAGCAAAGAAAGAAAUCAAAGAGGGGAAGGGAACAUCGCAUCCGAAGAAAGAGAUAG